AUGGACCCGAGACUCCUCUUCCUUCGCUACCCGGCGCAAGACGCGCUGCCGCUCCGUACGACAUUUGGGCACACCAACCCCGCGUUCGGCAGCGUACGCCUCAAUUACUGGCCGGCGCGGCGGCGCGCGCCGCCAGCCCGCGUCGUCCUCUUCCUCCCAGGCAACCCCGGCUGCCCAGAGUACUACACAUCGUUCCUGAGCAUGUUGCACGCCCGCCUGCCGGACAACCACGCCGUGCUCUGCACAUCGCACGUCGGCGGUGAACCCUCCAUCCCUUCCCCAAACACACCUCUCGACUUACAGCAACAGGUCGACGCCAAGGUCGAGCUGGUGAGCGCCCUACGUGCGAGCCUGGAGGCGUGGGCGCCCGAGGCGCCUCAACUCGUCCUUGCGGCCCACAGCGUUGGGAGCUGGAUGACAUGCGAGAUCGCCAAGGUCGUCGACAUCCCCGCAGCGUACCUUCUCUUCCCUACACUUGGGUGGAUCGCGAACUCCUACCACGGGUGGACUAUGUGGCCACUCUUCCAUCGGCCCAUCCGCCCGCUCGUGCCGUGGAUCUCGUACCUCGUGCGUCCGCUGCUGCCCUUCGUUACUCUUCCGACCGCGAGCUAUGCGCUAGUGAGAUCGCCCGUGACGAUCAGGAAUGCACUCCACCUCGCUCACUCUGAAAUGAUGACUAUUCGCGAGCCGGACGAGAAGUGGUUCCGCGCCCAGGCCAAGUUGCCCGUUGGGAAAGGAGUUCACUCCGUCUGGAGCGCUGGUAACGCUGAUGGGUGGGUGGGGAGAGAGGGGCCCAUGAUCCAGGACUGGCUGGGCGAGGAGCGGGUGGUCGAGCUCGAUGGCGUGCGUCACGCCUUCUGCCUCUGGGAAGAGGAUUACCGCCAGGUGGCGGACGUUCUUGCCGGCUGGAUCGUCGAGGGCACCAAGGCGCAGGUGCUCAAUUAG